GGUGGCACCUGUAUAAAUCCUACAAGUCCACAAGCCGAGCUCCAUUUCAUCGAACGUACAGGGAAAGAUAAUUUCAUUAGUCAACCGCCAAAAUGUAGCCACCUGUUGAAAAAAUAUUGUUCAGUUGCUGAUGUGGACCCCCGAAGUUUAAGUUCCAUAAUUUGCACAUCUCGUUUUCUUCACCUUACUCCCUUGAUUUUAGUCGAAAGAAAAGAGCUUUUCACGGUCUUGACCGUUCCUUUUGUCCAGCACUGCAAGAUAAUCUCAGUAUGGGAGUGCCGAGCGAUGAUGCCGUUGUAAUCCAAAAGGGCAAAGCUCCUGGAGAUCAUUGUGUCGUUACAGUUAAUUGUCCUGAUAAAAUCGGCCUCGGAUGCGAUAUUUGCAGAAUAAUUCUACAAUUCGGUCUUUACAUUGCAAAAGGAGAUAUCUCAACUGAUGGAAUAUGGUGCUACAUAGUAUUAUGGGUGGUUCCUUGGUCUAGGUCGAUCAUUGUAAGGUGGUCAAAUUUAAAGAGCCGCCUAUUAUCUAUAUGCCCCUCGUGUUCACUGUCAUUUUACUUACCCCAGCAGUCUACAUGUGCUUCAUCUUCACCAGUUUACUUAUUGAGGUUCUUUUGCCUUGACCGCAAAGGAUUAUUGCAUGAUGUUACUCAAGUUCUGUGUGAGCUUGAGCUUACAAUUCAAAGGGUGAAAGUGAUGACAACACCAGAUGGAAAAGUCUUAGACCUCUUCUUUAUAACAGAUAACAAAGAACUCUUACACACAAAACAACGACAGGAUGAAACUUGUGAGCAAUUGCUUGCUGUGUUAGGCAAAUCGUGCAUCAGUUGUGAACUUCAAUUAGCAGGUCCAGAAUAUGAAUAUCAUCAUAGUUUCACUUCCUUGUCUCCUGUGGUGGCUGAAGAGUUAUUUAGGUCUGAACUAUCAGAAAAAGAACCCCGAUCACAAGCCCUCAGCUCAAAUAUGAAAAAUUUGAGGAAAACAAAUGUUAUGAUUGACAAUUCACUAAGUCCAGCUCAUACAUUGCUGCAAAUAUAUUGUGUUGAUCACAAGGGACUGCUUUAUGAUAUAAUGAGAACUUUGAAAGACUGCAACAUGCAGAUAGCUUAUGGUCGAUUCUUACCUAAUUCUAGAGGCUAUCGAGAUCUGGACCUGUUUAUUCAGCAAAAGGAUGGGAAAAAGAUUGUGGAUCCUGAGAAGCAAAGUGCACUGACUUCCUGUAUAAAGAAGGAAAUGUUUCACCCAUUGCGGGUGAUCAUGACAGAUCGAGGUCCAGAUGUUGAACUUUUGGUUGCUAACCCUGUUGAGUUAUGUGGAAAGGGAAGACCACGAGUUUUCUAUGAUGUUACACUUGCUCUGAAAGCACUUGGGAUCUGCAUAUUCUCAGCUGAAAUUGGAAGAUAUUCAGCAUCAGAUCGUGAAUGGGAGGUGUACAGGUUUCUUUUAGAUGAAAAUGAUAGAUUUCAAUUAUCAAAUAUGGUAGCUGGAGAACAUAUUGUAGAUGGAGUUAGGAGAGCAUUAAUGGGCUGGAAACGAUAAUUCACAUUAAUGUGAUAUGCACAGGUACGUCCCAAAGGUAGGAGAUGAGUUGUGGGAUGGUGGAUGAUCGAGUGUCAGUUGAGGUGGUUGCAUGAGGAGGGAUUCAUGUCUUGCACAUUAUGAUUUUAUGUAAAUGUUUUGUAUUUCAAGUUUAUGCAUAAUUGUGACCAUGUUUGGGAUUUGAUAUAUAUAUGUUUGAGAAGCUAUGAUUUUAAAGUAAAGUAAGUUAACAUGUCUUUUCAAAUGCA